AUGGGGAGCAUGUGGCACCUGCUGGGACCGGGGGCGGGGGGUGCGUGCAGCGCAGAGGUGGCCUGCGGACACUGCGGAGCAUCGGAGCUGCAGGGGGCAUGGAUUCCUGCCAGAGGUUCCAGGCCAAAGGCUGCCCCGCCCGUCAACCCGGGAGAGAGCAAACGUGGCGCCGCGGAGGCCGCUGCGGUUCCCUGGGGGAUCGCGCCCUCUGGCGGCCGCUUCGCGCGUGACCGCUGCGCCCGGGUCUGA